GCGCCUGCUGUGACUUUUUGCUCAAGCCUUCAACGCAAACAUAACCUAAGAAGACGACUUGUAUUUGUACACAAACUUUCUAGGGUUUGCGAUUCUUUUUGAUAUUCUGAUGAGUUAACGUCUUUCGGAAUGGGUAAACGUAAGGAGGAGAGAGUUGAAGAAGAAAUCGAUGUUGGUUCUCCAGAACUAUUUCAUAGAAAAAAACACAAGAAACAUAAACAUAAGAAACAUAAAAAGAUUAAACAUGAAGACGACGAAGAUCCACCUACGCAUGAAACUACACUUGUCAUUGUACCACCUCCAAUCAAAGGGCCAGAAAAGGUUAAUGUAUCAACUAAAAAGUCAAAAAAGAAUCGAAGAGAUAGUGGAACUUCUAGUGAGGAGGAAAGGUGGCUUGACGCAAUUGAAUCUGGUAAACUUGAAGAGGUUGAUGAUGAACUAAUGAAAAUGAAACCAAAAGACCCUAAACUGAUGACUGCAAGACAAAGAGCUAUGUUAAAAACAGAAACUUUUCCUGUUGAGGAAACCCUUUUAGCCCUUCCAUCUGGCUAUAAGGAGAAGGUAAUAACCGAGGAAAUGGCUCAAAAAGCUGCUUUAAAGUCUCAGCGAAGGAAGCAGCAAGCUGAUGAAAAAAGAGAGAAAGACAAGAAAAAAACUAUGGAACGAUUGUUGAAAAAGCAGGAGAGCAAAGCUAGUAAAGGUGAGAAAAAAGGAAAAAGUAAGAAACAAACUCCUAGAAUUUCUUACCACAUUACUGCUAAAAUUUCAACCCUCAACAUUCCUCCUGGAUUCGAGUUUCCUCUUCAGCCAGUGCUUAGGACAGUGAAACCCGAGGUUCAAACUUGUGGCGUUGGGAACUGCUGCCAGCCUAAGAAGUACUCCUGUUCACGUACAGGAACUCCACUGUGUAGUUUAGAAUGUUAUAAAAAAAACUUAUCAGGCACAGAGUUUGGUUGAACAACCUAAGUAAAAUGUAGAUUAUAUGUUUAAUUAAUAGCAAUAGUUUGAUUUCA